AUGGCAGGUUUGUUUGACAAGCAAGCAGAUGUGUACUUGGAUGCAAGGCCAACUUAUCCCAAGGAAUGGUAUUCCAAAUUAGCAGUUCUCACCCCUCACCACACUCUCGCUUGGGAUGUUGGAACGGGCAAUGGCCAAGCCGCUCUCAGUGUUGCUGAGCACUAUGAACAAGUAAUUGGAACCGAUGUGAGUGAAUCCCAGCUGCAGCGUGCGAUGCUGCAUCCUCGGGUUCGAUAUGCCCACACGCCGUUAAGCAUCACCGACGAUGAAGUAAUAGCCUUGGUAGGGGGUGAAGAUUCAGUUGACUUGGUGACUGUAGCUCAAGCUGUGCACUGGUUCGACCUACCAAAGUUUUACAAUCUUGUUUCACGUGUUUUGAAGAAGCCAGGAGGUGUAUUUGCUGUUUGGUGCUACAAUGACAUUGAAGUUGAUCCAACAUUUAAUCCUAUAAUGAAGCGAUUUCAUGACACAACACUUCCCUUUUGGGACAAGAACGUCCAGUAUGUGUUUGAUGGCUAUAAGACACUUCCAUUUCCCUUUGAAAGUGUCGGUUUGGGAUCGGAGGGGAAUCCAUUGCCACUGGACAUUCCAAAGCAGCUGUCAUUUGAAGGGUUUUUGAAGAUGCUGAGGUCAUGGUCUGCAGUCACUACAGCCAAGGACCAAGGUGUAGAUUUGUUACCUGAAAAGGUGGUUAAAGAGUUUGAAGGUGCUUGGGGUGGUUCCAAAUUGGUAAGGUCAGUCAGCUACAAGGCUUUUAUGCUUGCUGGAAAAGUUAGGCUGCGAAGCCUUUGA